AAUCACGGCGAUGGCGUAUGAUUGACUUCUCCUAUUGGGUGAGUAGUUUACGCACAUAUACGCGGCAUCGAUAUUUAAUAACCGCGAGUUACGUUACCCGAGGAAUACUAAUCUCGAUUUUAGAGCGUUGAAAAUGGAUCGUUUCCUCUGCAAGUAGUGUGAAUAAAUGGAAGUAAUACCGCUAAUUAUGCGCAGGUAUUGGCCACCUUGUUAGCGUAAGUGCAUUCAAGUCGAAACGCUAUUUUCUUGCGAUUUGAGUUUACCGGGCUGCAAAGUCUGUACCCGUAUACGUACAUAUGUACGUAUAUAUUAUAUGGGAAACGCGUAAUGUAAUGUUUAACGAUACUGUUAGACUACGAUGUGCGAGUGACGUGAAUUUGCAUAUGCCGCGAGAUUACGUAUAUUUCUCUCAAUUAGCGUCGAACGCUAAAUUCAGUGAUGGCACGUAACCGAAUCAAUAAUAUGUAAACAUCGUUCUAUUAUCGGCGAGAGUCCCAUAGGACCGUAUGGAUAAACAUCGGUUAAUCUCCGGUGAAUCGAUAAACGUUAAAUUAGUUAGCCACUUCAAUAUUUAUAUCGAAUUGUAUUUUACUAUCUUUAUUAUAAUUUUAUGCUGUUCAAUCUCUAAUUAUAUUGAAUUACUUUUCGAUAAAAUUAUCGGCGAUUUAUUGAGAGAAUAAUAAUAAUAAUCACGCAGAUACGUUCUUUGAUAUCGAUGUUUUUAUUUAUUUCGAGAAACCGUUGGGUAGUUUCGCGAAUCAUUAAUGAAUUCACUUCAGUUACAGCAAUAUUAAAAUUCAUUUCGUGAGAAAAUAUCGUAUAUUCGUAGAUAUCCUUUUCAUCUAUUGAAAGUGGGUAUAGAAAAUUUGCAUAAAAGCGAAUUUAAUUCCAAAUGAGAGUCUGAUCACUCUUGACGUUUGUUAAAUAAGUAGUACACCUGAGUAACGUAUAAAAUCCAAUAUUAUUAAGUCAUUAAAAUUUUUCUUAUGACCUUCCUUUCAAAUUAUUUUCAGCAUGUCAGAUCUUGAUUAAUUGAUUUUGGAUUUUUAUGAUGUUAGUUUUUGGCGAAUCUUAUUUGAAUACAUCCAUACUAAUCAAGCGGAUAAAAUAUUUAAAAAUAUAUAUCUAAAUUUAAUGAAAAGUAGGCUAUCAGAAAAUAUACAGAUAAAAAUUAUAAUUACAAAUAUAUUCAAAUAGAAUAUAAACCAGACAUUAUAUUAUUAUAUUAAAUGACAGUUCUGUGAACGUGAUAUUACAAUUCUGUAUAUUAUUUGAUAUUUAAUUUAAAAUUGAAUUAUAUGAUGAAGCUUAAUAUAGAAGUUCUUUUUCUAAACGGUACGAGAGCAAUUGAUAUUAUUUUUAGAAGCCCUUAUUAAUUUAAUAACAAAAAAGGGCAAUUAAAUAAAUUUUUUAAAUUAAUCUAUAUUGUGGAAUCGUGUUGCUUCUGCCACAAUAUUAAACGCCCUCAAAGCACGGAUUUUACGCGAUAUUCUUGUGCUUAUGGGGUGGCUGUUUCAUGGUUCAUAAGUCGCGGUUUUAUUUUUUUUUUCUUUUAUUAUUGGUCAUGAAAGUUGCUUGAUUAAAACUGAGGAUUCAGAGCAUUUCAUGGCGAAGCCAUAAUUACUGAUGAAAAUAUGCCCCAUAGAAUUUAUAACUUUGAAAUUUUCCAUCCGCUUGUUUGACCUAUUAUCUACGUGCAAAAUGAAAAAGAAACCGCAUGAUCGUUAACCCGAAGGAAUUAGGCCGUGUUACGAGAGAAGCGGCGUGUCGUGAAGCUCGGAAACUCGCCAGAUUUUCCGGAAAGACAGAAAGAGCGUGAUCUCCUGCCGCAGAUUAGACAUAAUGAACGCUAAUGAAAUGAUUGAUGAAGAAUGCCGUAAAGUGGAGAGAUCUCUCUUUUUCUAUUAUUUGAUUUAAUUAUUCUCCUCCGCGAGCGCAUUUAACUCCGUUGUGUCACGUUUUCGAGCUUACCUUUUAAUCGCUGACUAUAACUUUUAACGAUCGUUCUUGAUAACAGAACAUGCUUUUUUUUUAUUUAAUAGCUCCAUCGUAUUUCGAGUUAAGCUUGCAAUUACGUGUCGGCAACAAUAUAUACAGCAGACGUACGUCUAUGUCAUAUAACGGCGAUCUUGAAUAGGUUCUUAAACGGAAAGGUUAAUAUCACGUAAAUAACGGCAGAUCGAGCAAUUUUGUUAACUCGAGAUCCGGGCAAAUCGAAUAAAAUCUUACGAUAUAAGAGUCACAAGAAAGAAAGAAAGAGGUCAAAGAAAAGGGGGAGGGGGGGGGAGAAGGCUCUCUUUGUGGCGGAUACCGAUGCGAAAACGUUAAUGACUCGCUUUUCUCCCUUUCCCUCCUUUAUUCGUUCAUUUAUCGCGCUCACGUAUUAAGGGAGGUUCGUUAGUGUAUGUGUUUUAAUAUCGGCUAAAGCUGCGAAUUUCUCUCUGUGUUUCUCUUCUCCCUCGACUUUUCUCUUUUUCUUUCUUUUUCUCUUCUUCUCAUAUCGCUUAUCGCGUAAUUCUUUCGACACGGAAAAAUGAAGGAAGGGAAAAUAGGACAAAAUGACACUCUUUCGACACUGAGCGAAUAGGAUGUGCACUUUACCGAGGAAUAAUGUUCACGAGUCGUGCGCGCAAUUCGAGUGUGUUAUACCACCUUCGUGCGCUGCUGCUGCUGCUGUUACUGCUGCACGGGGGUGGUACAAUGUUUAUCGAAAAUCGAUAAUAAGGCGAAUGCGCGUACGACAUAGUUUUGCUUGUUUUCGCAUCGUUUGUCGCGGCUUACGAUCCAUGAUGCUCUUUCUCUUACGAAUUAUCCAUGACACGAGCUUUGAGAAACGAUCCCGAGUUAUUUCAAGAGGAAAAGCGACUUGAGUCAAGUUUUAACGUUGCGUGUUAAAAAAAAGGUAACGUUUGGGAUUUUUAUUUAGGUAUUUUCGAGUAUACCAAAAUGCGGUCUUCGAAAUUGCUAGAAGCGGCUCUUAUUAAUAACUAAAAUUAUGUUUCGUUUUACUGUUUCUUCUGUGAGAAGGUAUUUUCCCUAAGUAAGAAGAACGAGCGUUAGCAAUUUGCGGAGAAAUCGGAUCGGACGCGAUCGAUUUGUUUACGAGGAAAACGCAUCUUUCGGAUUGAUCUAUAAAUUUCGUAGAAUUGAGUCGAGCUAAUGUUUUUUAUCCGGCGGAAAACAAUUUCAGCGAAGACGCGCUGUUUGCGUUGCAUCAUUGCGAUGCACAUUUUAUCGCCGCGUAACAGCACCUCGUUAUUCUCGUUAUCUCGGGCGUACCACGUCAAAAUGCGUGAUACAUGUCUCACAUUGUCGCACAUUGUUCCGUGUUCAAACAGAGAUUUCAAUUAAAAGCGAUAUUUUUUCCCCUGGCACUCGCCAAACAAUGAACUCAAUAUUUGCAUUUGCUUUACGUAAAUCCCGUUAUUUUCAUGAUUGUUAAUACGCGGUGAGCGAUUUAUUCGAAUCUGAUUAGCAUGUAUGCUAAACGAUCACGAAAUUCGAGUUGAAUUUGGGAAAUGUGGCUGGGUCUGCAAAAUCAUGCACUUAUGAGUUCAUUUUUAAUUAUGAUUUCAAUCAGGAUUUUUCUGCAACUCUGCCGAUACUAAUAACUUUCUAUAUUUACCUGUAAAUAAUGUUUUCCGCAACAAGUAACGUAAUGACACGAAUUUUAUAAAACCUUUACGGCUGAGUGGAAAAUGAGCGAAAACAUGAAAAUAAAGUUUUGCCGAUACUUUAAUGCUGCUCCCAUCCAUUAUUGUGACGGCAAUAUCUUUAUUUUCCGAUCGGAGCUGCCAUAUCUAUCUGCGGUGAUAAAACGCGUUUCGUUAGGGACCUGCGUUUAAUCCCGCGAGGAAGUUAGAUCUAUCAUCUCCCGCUGCAUCUCGCGUUCUCGCGGGUGUCGUAAACGUCAAGGAGGAUUAUUGCAGCUGUCCCGAGCGGUAAGAUAUUGCGAACGCGUGAAAAUCCUCCCGUCGAAAUGCCGCCUGCAUCGUCGGUUGCCCGAAACUGACUCGUUUCGUCUUUCCGGGGAGAGACGCGUGUCAACAAAAAUCACGCUGGAAAAUCACGUUGCCCUUUCACCAUAAUCAGUCGACAUCAUUUGACCGCUGUGUCCCGGCGCAGUUGGAUCGUGUCUAUCAUCGUGUAACAGGAUUAGACGGCAUUUAAAUUUUUAAAGCACAUUAUAAAGCUAAUUGUGGUUACUAUAUUUUUAUGUUUAUGAUAUGUUAUUAUUUAUUUUUUACGUUAUAUAUUGUUACAUUGAUCUUUUAGUUAUCACAAGGUACAUGUUCCUUUUUGAAAGAUAUCUUUCGUAAAGAUUUUGUGAUAUUUAAACUUCUACUUUUUUUUUCAAUUUACGAUACAUUGAGAUUUUUUGGGCAAUCAAAUUGAUAUUGCUGUUGUUUAGAGUGUAAUCAAUCUUUGAUUUGCCGACAAAGAUUGAUGUGUUGAUAAUUAAUGCAAUUGUGCAUUGACGCAAUUAACAUAAUUAACAUAAUUAGCUUUUCGUGUAUAGCAUGUCAAGUAUGGCGGUAUUAAAUUUUAAUUAUGGACACUUCGACGAAGUCAGCAGCUCUUCUAAUUACGGAAGAUCUCACUUCCCUCGUUAGUUCAAAAUAAUAUCGGGUCGUCUGUAUUUCGGGAGCGAAGUUUGCGCAGGAACUGGCGGAGUUUAGGCUAUUUAUCCGCCGUGAAGCGUUAUCCGCAGUUUCGUCUGUGUGCACAUUUCGCCGCGAUUAGCGCAUGUUCGUUAGUACUUGGGCGUGAACUUGCACGAGGGCCUUCGCCAAUCAGUCGGCCAAUACCCCGAGAGAUAUUCCUUUCCGAGGGGGAGAGAGAGAGAGAGAGAGAGAGACCCUCCAGGAUCUUCGAGAUAAUGAGAGGAUCCUCGGGCAAAGAGAAUCGGCGGUAUCCUUCUGACGAAAGUAGAACGCGGAACAGAUUGCCGUUUAUCGAUUUUGCGUCCGGCCACAGACAGACCCUCGUUAUCUCGCUUUAUAAAUAUUUAAUUAAGCACACGGGGGAGUUACCCGGUAUACGCAGAAGACCGCGCUCGAUCGAUUGGCGUGUAAUGGAAUAAUGAAAUAAUUCGCAAAUGUCGUAAAUCGCAUUUGAAAUUCCCUUCUGACAGAUGUCAAAUGAGGUUUUACGUCGCGUAUAAAUACUCUUUUUAAUUAAAUAUAUGAAAAACCAUUAUAUAUAUAUUUUGUAUUUUAUAUAAUUUCUCGUUUAUUUGCACGCAUGUGGCACGCGAAAUCUCUGCAGAAAUCUCCGACAAAAUAAUCGCAGAAGAAUGAUAUAUUAGUCCAAAUUUUCAUGUUAUUUCUUUUUGAAAUAUUUUUCUUUUUUAACACCGCGUAAAACGGCUGAAUUGUGACGCGCGUCUUACCGUCUUGAUAAGAAGUACUUUUGGUGAUUCGUUAAAACAUUCCGUGACUCGUACGAUCGCGUUACUGUCAUGUUACUGUCGUGACUAGCGCGGCCUCUUACUUUCUGGGGAAUAGGCAAUACCGAUAAACAGACGGGAUGCCAACUGUGUGCAUUGUCUAUUGUCCAAUUAAACAUGCCAAAACGUCGAAUCCAAUCGGAAAUAUUUAUUAGACGGGCGUUCGGCUGUUGCUUUUAUUUAUGCGUGCAUGUCGAAUCCAUCAACGAUAAUCGUCCACCGCGAUCGAUUAUUCGCGAGCAAAUAAUUUAUCGCGCACGUGUCAUUCCGAAAAUCAUUUGUAAUCUUCAUCAAUCGAUCGUCUACCACCGUUGAUAAUCCCCCUUGAUUUGCGUUCGACGACGAAUUUUUCGCGGGAAUUAUUUUUCAAUCCGGCGAGAUUUGCCCGUCAUUGUUGAAUGAGAAAAAUCUCUGGUUUCCGCGUGUUACGUUAAAGGACGGAAGAUAAAGGUAAAAUACCAUUGUACGCUAACACGCUUGUCAGAUCAGUCAGAUUUCGUAAAGAUAACAGAUAAAACGUUGCGCAAAUUUAUAAUCUAAUAUCUUAUUAAAGGGAAUAUUUUAUGCGAAUGUGUUACUUAUUCAUGCCUAUAAGCCGGGGAGCUGAUCGAGAAGAGCUUUCUGGGACGAUGAAAACUGAAAUCCCUCCAAGGCCCUGGCCCACGUUUCUCUCAGUUUCCUCUCCUUGAGAGGAUUCGCCAGGUAGUUGCGCCGCGUCGACCGUAAACUUGCGAACAAUCACGAUAAUGGAUGCCUUCUAGGAAAAGUUAUAGUUGCGGUGGCGUAAUAAUCGGCUGGCUGUCGGAUAGACCGGGGGAUCCUCGAGUGGAAGUAGGGAGGGUGAGAAAGCGAGACGGGAGGGAGGCGAGAGGCGAAAAAAGAUGAAUCUUUUGGGCGGACUCGGAGGAGACAGAUCUAGGAGAAAAAGCACGGAAACGUGUGCCACGGAGGUUGUUUUCGUCGGGGAUACGAAACCGGGCUGAUUUUUUUGCUCUCUCCUCGCUCUUUGUUGCAACUUGGCUGUACGACGGUUACAACAGCAGUAGCAGCAGCAGCAGCUACUAGUAAUUGCGUGUUUCACCUAGAGUCGAGGAAACGUUUGUUUUUCUACGUGUCCGUGCCACGUUUGUCGGUUCAAGCCGAAGCUCUCGGCGGCACGUCGCGUGUGUUGCGUGUACAUUUUAACAUCCGAGCAGUCACCCGCGUGAAUCGAAGACUUCGUCACGGGAAGCGAGUCUCAUAAUGCGUGAGAAUCGAGAUUCGACUUUGCACUCCCGAAUCUAAAAUGAAGUCACAUUUGAAAUUAAAUCUGCGAAUUACAGACUUGUCCUCGCAGUCCCUCGGUUGUAUAAAUUUAAAUGCGGCAGUUUAAUCAUUCACUACUACUGCCUCACCUCUUCAUUAAAUUUAACUUAUUUAGAAUUAUUCUCUCCAACUUGCCACAUUUGCCUAAAACUGAUAAUUUUAGGCGAGAAUAUUACACGAGCGCUUUAUCCCUCUUGUAGAUUUGAGCGUCGUGUCUUAUUAUAUAACAAUUAUUCGGAUUAUCGCCGUUUAAUAAUCGACAACUUACAAAUCACGUAAUCCGCCUUCCACUGGUUACUCUCUAUCGUUGCCGUUAAUUUUUCACGUGCACGCUAAUCUUCAAUUUUCCAGGCGUCCUGAGCCUGAUGUAAUGAUCUAGAAAAACGACUUCCACGCGCUCAGGUAUACGUAAUGGGCACGGGAUGUUAGUUACGUAUUCCCAUUACAGAGAUGCCCGCGUGCAUGCCACGGCCAUAAUGCGCACAGUGGAUUUCUCAUUAUCGAUGCCCGUGAUUUAUGCUCUGUUAUCGUAAGGGACAUUGUACACGUAGUGCAGGACCUAAUUCGGAUUAUGCUAAGAGAUUACCGCGUGGGUAAAGCAUCGGUUCCUGCUGGCUGUUUCCCAUUGAUCGUCGAGCGCGUUGUAUCCGUAGCGUUCACAUCGGCAUGAUCGGUCGAGCAUGUCGAUCGGAAAUCUUCAUUUCCAAGUGGGCCAAGUCAUACGGGCUCACUGUCAUUACAAUUAACGCAUUCGGAAAGAGAAUGUGUCGCGCAUUGUUAUAGUUAAAAAAAAAAAAGAGUUGCUUUACUUUGAUUUUUUAAUAUAUUUUUUUGUAAAUCGGGCGAUCGUGCGUUAAUAAAUUUAAACAUUUAUAUUCAUGCGAACAAAUAUAUAACUACAGAUUUUAGAUGCUUCCCCGAUUUUAAAAAGAACAUUAUUUGCAAAUCGCUCUUUACAAAUUUGUAGCCGCUAUAUGCACUGCGGUCAAUAUCGUGUUCGAAAUUGGAAUUGGAUUGGAUUAUAUUGGAAUCGUUUCGAACUGACAAAGUUACUUUCGUUGGACAUCAAUAUUCCUAAAUGAGGUUUCCGUACUUGAAAUAAUGGACAUUCCUGCCAUUUGUGUUCGGCACAAUGUAUUUUCCAGCGAGCGAACCGCAACUGUAUGACGUCGAAAAAAAAAAAAAAAAUUAUCGCUCGAAAAUAUCGCUGCGUGAUCAAAGUCAUUUCGCGAGAUCAAAGCAACCCCAUUUUCCGCGGUACGUGCACGAACUGCAUUGUGGCUUGCCUGAACUGUUUUUGUUCCUGCCUUUAGCGAAGUUGCGAAUUUUUCUCGCCAUUAUCUCGUCUCGCGCCGACAAAUUCCUCGGUAUGACGAAACCGUUCGAUGUUUAUCUGCGAUGGCGGCCGCGUUUUCAGGUAUGCAUGUAUUGUACAUUCACGCGCGAUGCUAUUACGAGAUUCCGCGGCGAGGAAUAUCCCGUCGUAAAGCAUUAUUAAACGCUUCUCCCCGAUUAUUUAUGCUUGUGCACAUUGUCGCUUCUAUCGCGAUUGUGCAAAAUCGUUGCUUUCAUCUAUUUAAAACAGAGUUUUUUUUGCAAGAUGAUGUCUCAAUUUAAUGUUUGGCGAAUUUAAGGUUUUGAAAUAUUUUAUCAACAUUUGUUAUCUCUCAUUAAUCUGAUUAUUAUUAUUUAAUAAGAUUGCUGCAUUGCCGAGAUGCCGUGUAAAUAGUAGAUUUUGUUAUUUUGAUUGGAACAAUUCUUUUAUUAUUUAUUGAAAUUUAUCUCAAAAUUUGAAGCAGCCUCUCUUCGUUUUAUUAUUUCAGUUCAUCUUUAUAUCUCUAUCUUUUUUCCUUCGGAUUUUUAUCGCGCGUAUAAAUCAUUGUUGUAGUCGCUUUCACUCAGGAAUCGCUCAUUCAAGCGUACUUAUCGACCAAGAUUUUCUGAAGUGCGCUUGUAGCGCACUUUCACGUCGCGCUUCGUCUAUUUUUCAUUAUUUCCCGACGCGCUUCGUUUACCUUCGGCAAGAAAAGCGCCUCCGCGUCUCUCCUUCAUUCUGAAUAUCUGUGAUAGAGAGUCACGCUUCUCAAUUUCAGUCCGAGUUUUUCUAAUUUAACUGAGAAUAAGAUCGUCAUAUUUAUCUUUAACCUUAUUAAAAAUUUUCAACUUUAGAAUCUGCCAUUUUAAUUAACCUAAUUGAUGGCAGGUCUUAAUUAUUUUACUUAUAAUUUUUAACAUUCUGUGGCAUUAGAAACAUAUCUAAAUGUUUACUGAAAAACAAAAGGUAGAAUUAUAAAAAUAUAUUAUAAAAAUAUAUCCAUAUAUUUUUUGAAUAUUUUUUAAAUUUUAAAUAGACUUUAUUUUUGUUUUUGUAAUAGAACUGACAGCAAUAACAACAUAUGCGGCAAAACUGUUUCUACAAACUGUUUCUCUAGUUUAUGUGCUUUAUGCUUUUUUUAGGAACCAUAAAUUUAUCACGCUGUAUACCUAUGUCUAACUACUUCAGCCAGUUUAUCAAAUAAAAGAAUAAGCAAGGAUUAUUAUUACAAUUGUUCGUUUAUGGGACGGCAACAAUAUUGUGUUGCGGUUUAAUGGUUCGACACAUUUCACAAUAACGCCAAUCUAUAGCGGUGCUAAUCGCGGAUGGCCACUUUAUCGAACGACCGAUCGCGCGACGGGACAUCAAAAUCAGUUUGUAACAAUCGCUAAUGACGCAUCCUCGAUCGGGACGCGCGAUAACUCGUGCAUCGCGAUCGACUUAUCUCUGAUCAAGAAACACAAUCUAUCCUACACCAGGAAACGCAUUGACCCUAAUCGCGUCGGGAGAGGUCCACUUUAGAUUCCAUUUCGUUUAGACAGGUGUACUUUAUCAUUGAGGUAGUACGAAAAAAAAAUCAAUACAUUUUUUCUCGUUUAUAAUAUGUGUAUUUGAUUCACUUUUAUAUAUCAUACGUAAUGAUUGAGAAAAAACCUUGCGUACAUAUUUUUCGUUUGUAAAAGUUGAUAGAAGACUUUUUGUUUAGUUAACAAAAUAUUUAAUAAAGUGAAUGUAUGGAAUAUGUAUAUAUUACGUUAAAUAUAGGCGAAGUUUUAAUAUAUUUCUAGAUAGAAGAUAUUUCCGCAGAAAAAAAUUGAUUCACUCCGGAGCUAACGGAGAAAUGCCUUUAUUUGAGUUAAGAGGGAAAUUUUAGAAAUUUUGCACGCAACAUAUUUCAUUCGCGUUUGCUCAAACGAGAAGUGUAAUAAAGCGAAAGCACGGCAAACUUUUUUUUUUUCGAACGUGUGUAAUAAGCGUGCUAUUUGUUUGAGGGGGAGAGAAAGAGGCGCUCUUCCAAACUUUUCUUUGACUCGCACGUAAUAAUAGAGAGAUCGUUCCAAACACGCUCAUUCCCGAUGUAUCUAAUAAUAGAGAGAACCAGUUCCGAGCCUCUUUCGUCACAAGUGUGGUAAUAACAGGCCAAACGAGCGGUCCUAAAACUUCCUCUUGAUGCACGCUCUUCGUACUCUUUUAAUACGUGUAAUAACGCGGAGAAACGCGCUGCCAAACUUUCCUGAUGUGUCUAACGGCAGGACUUUCAAGAAUGAAUCGAACACACCACCCCUCGCCGUCACCAGACGUUUCGGAUAAGAGAGAGUGGGCGGAAAGAGAUCUGUGUGUGUGCGCGCGCGCGCGCACGACCCGAGUGGCGUGCCGCGGGCGAUUGAUGACUUGUGGCCUACUUUUCGAGCCGGUGACCCAGAUGCGAGGGUGUCUUGAUGUAAGAUAUCGGAGUCCUCCUACCUAUCUCUUUCCAGCGUGCUCCUCUUCCGUACUCUCUCCACUCUCUCCAGUCUCGACCGCCUCGCGGUCUGACAGUAGUCGGUUAGUUCGCUUUGACAGCGAGAACGUAUGGCCGAUCUCGUUUCUUCUCGGGAGCGACCUAAGUCUACGAGAUUUUUAGGAACUGAUAGCCGAUUGUUUUAAAAGUGAAACACGUCAAGUUCCGAACGUGCUCUAUUUCUCUACAUUUAUUUAAAAUGUAAUGAAUAUUUGAGUCACGUUCAAAGCGAACGAUUCGUUUCUUCAAUUUGAGCGAUCUGUCGUAUUAGUUUUAUGUUUUAGAAAUAAACACUUAAUGACCCGUUGUGUUAAUUAUUUUAUGCUGUAUCACGCGACGAAACAUGAGUUUGCGUGAUUUUUCAUAGAAUUAAAAUUGCAUCAUGCUAUUAAUCUGAUCCGAUCGACGUGAACUAUUUAAAACCGACGUAAAAUGAGAAAAAAACAUCCUUCGAUAGACGAUGUUUUGCAUGCGAAGAGUUAUUACCGCGGAUAUUUUAAGCGGAGUGCAUUUUAAACGAGCGACUUAUCGCUCGAUGAAUCAUCGACACGAUCGUUACUCCAUUUUUCCUUUAUGAUUCAUUGUAUAAGUGAAGGUGAUAUCGGUGGAACGCAUGAUACUUUAUCAACACUAUCCGAUGUAGAUUACUAUAUCAUUUGUAAAAAUAGCCCUGAUAGUGAGGAAUUUAUGUAAUGGCAUGUAGGUUUCUGUGGAACGUUGAGAUACGUUUGAACGUACCAAUCGCUCUCUUUUGACAUUUCUACGAGAUUACAUCAUUUUCCUCGCGCCUAUCUAAAUAUACAUUUAUCCAAUACGUAGUCUGUAAUAAAAAGCCGGUUUUUUUUUAAGAGGAAGUCACGAAGUUUUUUUAUUUUAUUCAUUUCCCCAUGGGAAUUUGAUUAGACUUUAUCCGCUCGAAAGUAAGAUCAGAAAGCCAUAAAAAAUUCUUCUUUCCCUCUUUGUAAUCUACUGUUUUAGACUCGCUCAUAUUUCACGCUGCAGCAAGCACGAGGGAAGAGAGAAAAAGAAAGAGAGAAAGAGAGAGAUGGCGAAAGCAGGUUCAGGAUUUGUUUAUGAAAUUUAUGCUAAGUCAGGGUAUAAGAAACCCGGAUAAGCACCGGGCAGGCAGGCAGGCAGGCAGGUAAAUUCGUCUCUGUCAGUCAGCAUUGCGACGAGUAGACGACGAUGCUCCCCGACUCGUCUCAUCCCCGCUCUACCUCUCUCGGUCUCCUAGCUUUCUCCUAAGAUCUUCUCGCCGAAUUGUGACAGCGUCGUCGUCCGCCGGAAGGAUACGACACCACGCCGCGCGUUGUAUAUACCCGAUGUGCGCGCCGUCGUAUCGAAAGGGGGUAAGGAGUGGGAGAUGACGAUGGUGGGGUGUGGAAGUGCCAUCGCCGACAAGGGAGGGGAUCUGGUGGCUCGUGGUGGUGGCAGCAACGAGAGCGGGUAGGGAGACCUCCACGUCGCAGAGUAUCGGGAAUGGUGUAACGUUGCUCCGGCCAGCACCACCAGCUUCAGUGUCGUUCCGGCCGCGGUCUCGUUAGGUCGUUCUUGGCGAAGAAUUGCGAGUUUUACACUCGUUCGGCAUCGCCGCGACCGCCUCUCGUCCCGGCCUACUUUCGAAUACCGCGGAAUACGUUUGCGAUUUCGCGCCGAACCUAGUCGCACCGGCCGUCGUCGUCGAGGAUCGUUAUGAACAUGGGCUAGAUCACGGCCUUCCUCAUCCGCUGGAGGAUCCGCAGAGUGAGGUAAUGUGUCGCGGCAAGUAGAGGAGAAGAAUCGGAACGGAGUUGCUUGUCAGUGCCAGAGUGGCAGUGCAAGAGUGUCGAAUUUAUUCCGUAUCGCUGAAGAUUAGCGUCGCGAUCGUGCAUCUGGCAGUAUUGGUGGCACGGUCCGCGGGUAUUGUAAGAUGAGCCCGGCCUCCCAGGGCGCCCUGGAAGUGGAGCGUUACAUCGGCAGUUGCCUCAUCUCGUCUAACGUGCGCGCCGGGCUGCACGGCAAGCCCGUGCCCGUCUGUCGGAAACAGGAGCAACUAGCGACGAUACGUGGUGGCAAGGCGCGCGGUUGUUACAAUGGAGGGCAGAGUUACCCCGGGCUGGCCGAUCAGCAGCAAUGUCAGGUGCAAUACGGCGGUCCGGGCGGCUGGACGGGUGCGCCGUUGAUAUCAAUGACGUCGAGUCCGCGCAGGUGUAAUCAGCGGUCCUCGCCGUCGCUCGGUCAACAGCAGCAGUCACCACAGCAGCAGCAGCAGCAGCAACAGCAGCAACAAACUUGCGGUGACCAGCAGCAGGUGCCACCGGGUGGUCAUCAGCACAAAAGUCCCCUAUCCAGGUUGGCGAUUCAUACGCAGGGCGCGCCCCUGAUUCUAGCCGGGCGAUUUUACAAUCGCGGCAAAGUGCACAACAACAACAACAACAACAACGGUAACGGUGGUAACAAUUCUAAUGGUAUCACCAAUGCGCCGCCUUGCGGCAACAUUGCCGGUAAUUACGUUCAUAAUAGCGCGAACCCGUCCAUGACGAGCAACGUGAACAGCGCGACGAGAUGCCCGACGUCGCGCAUCGCGCCUCAAAGGCCGCCGGAGGCGGCCGCCAUCAAGAAACCACCGACGACGGUGCCUUCGAACUCUAAGACAACGGCGACGAGCGCCGACUGUUCCUCCGCCGGUGCGGCAAAGGAGAACGCCGGUUCCUCGAACAUCGCGAACAUCGAUUCGCUCAGUAUCGCGAGCGACGAGAGCUCCGGCUCGAAUAAUUCGGAGAACAGUUUACCCCGCAUUAUUAAGCCUCGCAAGCGCAGAAAGAAGGACCGUAAACCGCCGAACAAUGUCGUGGGCGCGGGUGGCGUCGACGCGGCUAAACCGGAUGAAUCGCAGGCGCAGCGGCAGCAACAGCAGCAGCAGCAGCAGCAGCAGCAGCAACUGCAACUUGCCGGUUGCGGCGCCGCAACCGGGGAACAACAGUGCGCCGUCAUCGGCGUGAAAUCGUACGCGCCGACCUGCUACGAGCAGGCAAGGAUCUACGAAUCGGCCGCGCCACAUCUCAGGAACUACCGGAGGCCACCGGUCGGUGGCCAUCGUGAGAAUAUCUACGGCGGUUGUAGGGCGCCGUCGAUGCAGGCGGAGAUGGCGGCGGACGUCAGGCAGCAACGGUACGCGCACCAUCGGCACCAUGUGCAAGUGAAAGUGCUGGACGACAACCGUAACGUGAUCGCGGCGCCGAUGCGUGCCGCGGCACCGCCCAAGGGCUACCGGCAUCAUCAUCAUCACGAUAACGGCAACUGUAGCGGCAGCCUGGCGCGACGUUACGUUCACGAGUAUACGGGCGAGUCCGUAGUUUGCGAGGCCGCUGCCAGGGGGGACAGUCUGGGUCCGUGUCAGUGUCGAUACUGCGACCCGGCCGGUCUGAUCUGGGACGUCGAUCGGAACGGCUACUCGCCGUUCCUGACAACGACGCUGCCGCCACAGCCGCCGCCGCCGCCGCCACUGCCGCCGCCAUCGUCGUCGUCGCCGCCGUCGUCGUCGUCGUCGUCGUCGUCGUCGUCGUCGUCGUCAUCGUCGUCGUCCGGCGUCGAGUACUGUCGCGGUGGUCAUUUCGGCCAUCAAAUGUCGCCGCUAUUCUUGACGUCGCCGUGUACGAAUCUACCGGAACGCGCGCUCGAUAGACUGUUCGACGAGCACUCUCGACCACACGACGACUGCAGGGACGCGGGAUCAAUCGCCGAGCCCGGUGGCGUGGUGUUGAGGCGCAGCUGGAGCGACCCGACGAGUUACUUCAGCUACGGCGAGGAGAUCGCCGCGCCGACGAGAGACGUCGGCGUCAUCGGCGACCGUGGGGGUCAAUCCGAAAGUGGAAAACACAAGCGAGCCCUUUGGCGCGGCGACAGCAUUGGCAGCGUGCCACCGAGCUCGCCGGCGAACGUGAACGCCGUGGGCCCGAACGCCGGUGGCGGGUCCACCGCGUCCCCGAAAGGUCUGGAGGUGUCCACGGAAAUUAUCACGUCGCCCAACGGCCAUCGGGAUCUAGAGAUCAAGUUCUACUCGUCGCCGUCGCCCGCCGAACGUCUCGUCGAGGAGGACAAGUCGUCGUCGAGUCUCAUCGGAGAGGCCGACGACGACGACAACGGGGACGACGACUUCAGCGAUAUAUGGAGUUACCACGAGUCGAAGCUGCAGCAGGACUUCCGUACGCUGCUGCAGGCGGAAGAGUGAUGGAUCGUCGUUAUCUAACCCCAGGAUGUUCUCGAGCGCGACGGAGUGUAAAGUGAGAGCGAAACGGCGAACGACGAAGAACAGGAACAAACGCGGAGAAAAGGAGGCGAGUGCGCGCGUGGGCGCGUUGACGAGGUAUUCGGCCCUGUUCCGAAACCAAGUGACACGACCGAGAGAAAUAUGGGCGAGGUUCUCCUCGUCGCUCGUCGCGCGCAAACGACUCGAUUGACGUUCGCCUCACGAUCGUGUUUCACGGUGGUCGCUUUUACGGGCGGUCCGGGAUCUCAGGGGGGGUGGGGGUGGGGUCGGACAACCAAGCCAUUGCGUUCUCCGCGCGAACCACUUAAGCCUAGGCAAGACGGCGUCGAAGGCGACAACGAGGAGGGGCCUCUCAUCGCUAACGGUGUUCGUAGUAUACGUGACGUGACGUGACGUGACGCGACGCGCGUGCACGCAAUGCCGCACGCGACGCGACGGUGUCGCAUCGGCACUCCAUCUGAUGUUCCGCGUCCAGCGAAGUGAAUUGACUUCAGCGACCAAGAAACCGCCGUUGUCGAUCAGCCUCGUCACGACCGUGUUAGUCUCCGAGAGAUCGGAAGAGCGUGCGUGCGUGCGUGCAUGCGUGCGUGUAUGUGUGUGCGUGUGUGUGUUGUACGAGUCUACACGCGAGCGUGUUUGGAUAUGCGUAACGCACGUGACCGUGUCUAUCGGGUCUCUUUUAGCGCAUGAAUUUUUUUUCUCGUAGUAUAAGUUAUGACACCCGACGAUCCUCGUCGGUUAUUUAAUCGGCAAUAUUUUUCACGAGUGUCUUUUUCUUCUCUCUGGCAUGUGAAUUUCGCUGGAAAAUACGAAAAUGGCGGAACGUUAACAGAGAUUGUUACUGACGGAAACCACCAGAGAAUGAUAACACGUUCGAUAUGUGUUUUUCAAAAUCAAUUUGUCGAUCAUAGAUAAUCAGUCCAACGCGCGACGUUCCAAUUUGCUUCGUCGGAUUGGAGAACACUAGUCGAUUAAUUUUGUUAUUAUAUAUAUUGUUUGAUUUAUAAAUAUCUAGAUAAAAUAUUUAGAUAAUUCUGAUUGUCUUAAUCACGUUGAUCACGCACGAAGAUUUAGCCACUUUCUCUUGAUUUUCAUUGCUGCAACAAUAUUAGUGAUACGACCUAAUCAUGCGUAAAAGAAGCUGCGAGCCAAGAGACGAUGAAACGCAGAAGCAAGGCGGAAGGGACGAGGAAUAAAAUAUAAUAUAUAUAAAACGUUCCUGAUAUUUUAUGUAUUACCAAUUGGAAUAUCGGAAUGCCUUCGCCGUGCCCUUUUGUAGACGUGGGACCACUCUCAUCUCUUAUGCUUCGACUAUAUCUGUUUUCCGAUCAAUUGCUUCUACACAAUGAUUAUCUUAUCAUGAAUUUAUUCUAUCUCAUUCCGCGAUCCCACGCCCAAUUCUUAUACCCCAUUGUAUCUUGGCUCCGACGUAUACCCGAGAUCGACGCGUAGAAUACUAAACUAUCGCUUCACGCGUAAUUAGGCAGCGGCUAUCUUUUUUUUCCUCGAUUCGCGAAGUGACGACCGGAUACGUGCGUACUCCAACAUCCUCCUAAAACGUUUUGCGGCUCGAGCGAUUAGGAAACGCUAAAUUGUCGAGCUAAUUCACUGUUAACGCGACUGGACUCGUUUUAGCCGCGCGAAACUCGAGAUACACUUCUCGAUUGCGCGUCGCGCCAUUCAUAACGGAAACGCGAGACGUCGUGCGCAGCGUCUAUAAGGCGCGUUCGCGAGAAGGUAAUUUCGAUUCGAUCCGUGCCGAACGCAAGGGGGGUUAACUACGGGGGUUAAGAUGCACGCUCACGCGCGUCUCGUUCGAUCACGCAUCGACACGCUCGCGUUGGUGGCGACAUACACCGGCAUUUUUCUCGUCGCCGCCGCCAAUUUAAGACAAGUAGCGGCGACGUGACCGUUUAAAACGUAACGUAGCAAUUAAUCGGAGGAACGAUGAACGGUCCGAUCCAUUGCUGACCGCCGCCGCCGUCGCCGAUCGUAAUCAACGUCUGCGCCUUCCAUCUCGCGCCUCUCCCUUCGCGCCCGAUCGCUCGCGAUAGUAGGUCGAGCUGUUCCCCCGGAGCUGGAGAGAGAAUCUUCAUCGUCUUCUUCCCGCGUAAGGGGCUCGCCUCGCGUGAAAGGAAAGAGCUACCGUCCGUACUGGUAACUGCGUUUAAUCGCGCGCUAUCGCCGCGUUUUAUCGGAUAACUCGGCGCAACGGUUCAGCCUCGUAAUCGAGCGCCGAUAACUGGGCGGCUGGCUCGCCGAGUUCGUAACAUUGUUUCGUGUUCUCCCUCCCCUCCACCCCUUAUUCUCUCCUAUCUGCUCUCGCAUGCCGUUUACCGUUGCCUCUGCUAAAUAACGGCAUGCGGACCAGAUAAACGCGUUAUUGAUUUGUUCAAUAUCAAUACAAUCAAGUGGAACUAUCGUUGCCGUCAUUCCUUCUCGAUUCGCCAUCCAGACUCGGAUCGCCGAUAUUGUCGUACGUUCCGUUACGGGAACUGUCUAACUCGUAACGGCAGCUCCGAAGUUUCGUAUCGCGUUCACUCUCUCCCUUCGUCCUCGGGUCUCCUACGAUUUAAAUUAUAGUUAACGUAAUCUCGUUCUGUACAAAUGGAGUCUUACGGAUAUUUGGGAUUCAGAAUUUCGACUUUUUUUUUUGGCUUUCAACAAUGAAACGCUAUCGGUACCCCAUAUACUUGUUUAAAUAAAUUGGAACUCGUUUCUUCAGAAUUAAAACCGCUGACAGAGAAUUUAACUUUACGGUUAAAUAACCACAGUGAGGAAUCCCAUCAUUAGUUCGUUAGAUUUUGUCAGGUUUUUUUCUUCGGGAGUCAGUUACGUUGGUAUGAUCGAUCGGCCACGGUUCGAUUAUCGCGGCGCGAUCGAAAUGCGACGGGUCGAAGCGCUCGAGACCGAGCGAGGGUGGAAGGCGCGGCAAGGAAUUACGCGGUAUAAGAUCAGGCACAUUCUAUACCCGAGAUAUACACUAUAUAUCUACAUUAGCGAAAGGCCAUCGCGCAGAUUUACACAGAGCGAGUAGAAGCGAGUAAACGUAUAAGCGAGUCGGCCGGUCACACACUUACAAAGUACACGUACACACAUACAGAUACGCCGUGUCUAUCGCGAGCCGCGUCGUGAUAGGUCGACUCGUUCUUCUGUAAAUCUGCGCUUGAUGAUCGAGAGAGAGAGAGAGAGAGAGAGAGAAAAAACAGAGAGAGAGAGAGAGAGAGAGAGAGAGAGAGAGAGAGAGAGAGAGAGAGAGCGAGAGAAAGAGCCUCGGUCGAGAUGAUGACCGAGGUCGCGCGACGAAUCCCGCGAAUCCUACGUUGUUUUGUAUGCGAUAUACGAAGACUAUACGACACCUGUCCCCCGUUUUCCCGCGACAUUAUACGUCAACUAGACGGACAAGAUACAUAUUACGAGCCACCCAGCAUCAUCUCACAUGCCACCAAGCGUCAUCAUCUCACCGUACACGUAACACACAUGCACACAACAAACAACACGGCAAACCACCUAUCGUUAGACCGUAAGUCUAGAAUCUAAGGCGAUCCCAUUUAGAUUAUUAUCUCCGUUGUCUAUAUGUGUAUAGAAGAAGUCGCGCGAAGACGGGCCCGCCUUUUGUUGUCACGAUUUCGGAGCGCGCGCGAUGGAAAAGCGAUACGACGAUAAUGACGAGGUAUGAUCGGGGGAGUAUACAAUGGGUGGUGUACUUUCAAUGGAUGUUUUUUGCGUAUGAUACGCGUCUCGUUUUGGAGAAACGGGAGGAGAGAAAUACAUUCGCAAAUAAGGAAUGAUGUAAGUUUUUUUUCGUUGCUACUAAAAAAAAAAGAGAGAGGUUUGAAUUUGAAAGAAUACCGUGUCGCGUUUCUCGUUACGCGAGUGGUACAGUUACUAAAUAGUCAGACGUGCAAUCGGAGGGACACAGGCUUGGCGCUCCAGUUUUCCGGAGACAUAUAGCGCGGUUUUGAAUUAAUCAUGAAUAUUUAUAGUAGCCGUUUCUCCAAAAAGAAGCGCGCGCGGAUUAAUCUAGGAGGAAACCGAUGAAAUCCUGUUAGUAUUCAGUACGCUCUCGCGAUGUUGGGCGUACGAAGGGCAGGCCAUAAAAAUUCGACAACGACGGCGGCGACGACGAUGUCCGUUUGGGACUGUGUAACAGGCAGGCGCGCGCUUUGUGCCGAGUUUGACGUACGUGGCGAGCGCGAGCGCGCGCGCGCGUUUCCCGAGCGCGAGAACACGAAGAAUGAUAUUAGCAAUAUUUCUCUCUUGCCGCCGAGUCGCACCUUGCGUGGCAAGUUUUAUUGCCGAGUGGCGACAGAUAAAUAUUGUCCUUGGCUUCUUGUUAAGGCGGAGCGCGCGCGCGCGCGCGCGCGCGACGCACCGAUGCAUAAUCAUGCAAUGUGUGCGCGAGGAAAUCGCAUACGAGAGAAGAGAGAGAGAGAGAGAGAGAGAGAGAGAGAGAGAGAGAGAGAGAGAGGGAGAGAGAGAGAGAGAAAAAGGUUGCUUUAAUAACAUCGUCGUCGGAUAUUUUUUCUCGGAGGAUUCCUACAAAUCGCAUCCGAGGGAAAAAGGCCUGCCAUUCGAAAAUGUUCGUUCAUGUUUUAUCCGAUUGCAUUCGAUGUUUGUCGACGCCGUUGUAUUUUCGGUUGUAUUUAAUGUCGCUGCAUGUGAAUGCGGACUAAGUAAAGUGAAGCACGCCGAGGGCUGAUUUAAGUCGAGCGACCGCAGCGCAAGCCUAUUUUAAGUCGUACAAGUCGUUCUUAUUUCUAUAAGUAUAAGCGGCCUUUCUUACCGUGGGUUUUUUUAACGAACACACGUCGUCCAAGUCGUCUGGCAGAUUUGAAUGAAAGGAUUAAAGGAAGAAAAUCACGCGUCGUGUUCUAUAUACGUACUGCACUUGCUACAAUUAAACUCGUUUUUAACAAGCUGUCGCUUCUACUCCAGGCGUUCCUACGUACAAAUUUCCUUCAUUCGACUUAAGCUUUUGGCAAUCUUGAUUGCUCGACGGCAUAGCUUUUUAUAGCGUUUAUAGCAUUUCAGUACUAAAAAUAUGCAGCUUCGAUAACGCAUCCGUUCUCAAAUGACAAACAGCAAUCGUAAAAUUUUGUUGUAAGAUGAAAUGGAGAGAUAAUAUAGCGUGUUUGUGUUAUGUGCGACCUCUUCGCGAGAAAUGACGACUUUGAUCUGAGAAGAUACAAGUGUUUCCCGACGUGUCGGAGAGGAAUGGUGAAUGGCGUUGGUGAUUUAACCGCGGAACUUGUUACGAGCAGUUUUCCGGAGACGCGUCGGCGGAAGUGACCUAAUUUAUUUACCGUUCUCUAAGCGCCUAAGAAAUUUGUUAAGACGCGUAUGCGAAUGUCAUGGCCGAGAGAAAUAAGAAUUGACGAAUAAACAAAAGAGAGAAAGAGAACGAUGCGUACAGUCGUUAUUUUUUGAAGAACAAUCCUAAUAUUGUUGAAGAUACUUUCGAACGGAAUCUUCACCACCUGUUGACCGCCCGGAUAUCGCGAAUGUACGUGAAAGAAGAAAGAGCGAAAGAAAUUUUCCUUUUUUUUAAAUUAUAGUUUUAAAUAUUUGCAAUUUUUACUUGUAUUUAUCGCACGUGUCUGGAAAUAACGAGAACGAAGAAUGGCAAAUAUUGAGGGAAACAACCGCGGUAAAUAUUAGACAAACAAGGAACAUUGAAAGGAUUAAGAAAAAAGAUGGAACUAAAAUGUGGAACUAUUAAUGGGAAUAAAAUGUGUGGCAGCGAGACGCUUGAUCGAUUUUUGGAAGCUUAAAAUUUGACGUUAAAAUUUUUUAAGUUAAGAAUCCGUAACAAAUGCACUUUUUCUGUUUCUCUUGAGCGACAAUCAUGAUUUAAUUUGCUAUGCGUUUGUAGCAAAAUUCAGUUAAAGCUCUAGAAACAUAAUUAUGUAAAAAAAUAUAUAUAUAUAGAAUAGCUUCGCGCUGGAUCAUCGACAUGCAUUAGUUUUUACAUUACCUAGCCAGGAUGUCCUUUAAUUCUGAUGAUUUUGCUUCUCCCGAUCGCUCGUCCAAUGUGAUCGCUUCAGAAAUCGUGCUUUCCGUCUGAUCUGAUCUCUGACGAAGACAGAGGGAGAGACUCGAAAACAGCCGAAAUGGAGGGAGAGUUCAAUAAAUGCAGUUCAAUAAUUCUCGAUUGGUUCUCUUCUCUUUGUCUUAUCUCUUUAAAUUUUCCCCAUGUCGGCCGUCGAUCGUUUUUUGAUUCUCUCUUCCUCCUGCUUCUCCUUUAUGUAUUUAUUUCACUCAUCGUCAAUUGACGUUAAUAAUGUAUUGUGAUAAUGCAACGAUAUAAUACACGACAUACACACGUACAUACACACACUGAUACUCGGCUCCGCUUUGUCAUAAUAGACUGAUCAACCAAGCCGACCUACCAGCGUCGCCUAGUUAGUGCUGUGUUGCACUAACUCGAAUCACACUGUUUGGAAGAUUCAAUAAAAACGUCUUUAAUUUA